AUGGCUCCUACGACUGCUGAGCAUGAUUCGGAUGCUGCAUCCUUGACUCAGCAGACACAACGCAACAUACCCACCCUCCCCAUCUACCUGGUUACCCUCUGGUGCCUGCAGUGUUUCCGCAUCUCACUUCGGGACUGGGAUACUGCUCUUCCCUUCGAACCAAAGUGCUGGAUCGACACUGUCGCCUCCCAGAUGUGCGCUCGUUGCCAUGAAACUAAGAGCAACUGCGAAUCGGUUUACCGGGGUAUUCGGGGCCACGUUUUUGAAUUGAUGGCUUUGCUAGAAUUUGCAAAGCAAUACUGGCUCAACGAGGGUGAGGGAUUUGGACAAACCGACGUUGCAGAUCUCGUGUGGGAUUAUGGAGUCAUCAGGGAUAUUUCUGAGGCGGUUCGAAGCCUCUGCCUCUCAUUUGAGAGUCUGGUCAUGGCACAUGGCGAGGCUCACAUAUUGACAGACAACGCCUCUGAUGAUGCCAAGGCAGCCUACUCGACUUGGUGCAAUGAUAGGGAGCAUUUGACCUACCCCGAAACCAUGCUUAUCACCAACCUAGCUCAGAAAUAUGCCUCGCAAGCCACAGAGCACCUCCGUCUCCGAUUGGGCGAGGAAGGGCAGAUCCACUGGGCGGCCGCGAUUUGUUCAUUUUACGAUGCUGUCGAGUCCGCUGUGAGAUCUCACCAGGAGAGAGUGUGCGCUACCCAGUGUGAUCAGGAAAUUGGAUGCUCCCAUCUGAUGGAAAUUUCUACCAACCUCGAUGAAGAAUUUCCUCUCCCGCGCCCCGAGCUCUGA